AUGCUCAUAUCGCUAUUCUGUCAGGGAGGGAGCGACAAGGACAAGGUGCAUCGGUCGGUGAAGCCACUGUACAGCUCGAGGCAAGUGGAAGAGAAGGAGGAGGGCGACGAGACGAUGGGCAUGCAUACCAGCUUGGAGAGCUGUGGUGUGGGGAUAGUCUUCAGGAUAUCAGAAGCAGGGGACAUGGUGAUCGAGGACUUCAUAAGCGGAGGACCCGCAGAGCGAUCGGGGAAGCUCAAGGUCGGCGAUCAGCUGAAUCGUGUGGACGGAAAGUUCGUGCGAGGACAAGCUGCGAGCAAGAUCGCUCCCAAGAUCCUUGGCCCUGCCGGGACCAUCGUAGAGCUCGCGUUCAAGCGAGUUCAGGGCCCUGCCGUCAUGACGGUUAACGUGGCUGUGGUACGAGAGCCGGCUGGGGGGCAGGCCGCGCGACGCUGA